AUGUCUCUCGAAUCGGCCAUGGAGGAGGAGCGGAGGGCCGUCAUGGACAUUCUGAGCGGAAUCAAUCGGAGUCGCGACGCGAACUCGCGCGCCAGCAGCCCCGGCGGCGCCCCUGUGCGCAGCUUGCUCGACAUUGGCGACAAGCAUACGGCAAAGUUCAUCCUGCCUUCGGAGCAGAAGAAGAUGGAAGAACAAAACGCCAGGAGAGCUGCUAGCCCGCGCGGUCGCGACAUCGAGAGCUCCUAUCAGUUUGACAUGCUGCCCUCCAUCGAAGCUCACGCCCUCCCCAAACGCGUCACCCAGGGCGGAAAGAAGAAGAAAAAAGGUGCGAUGUCCAGCGUCUACGGCGGUGCUCUUCCAGGACGGCAUAACUCAACCGCAGACGCUCUAGGCAUGUCCAAGUCGCAAUCGCCCUCAGCCCGCCUGGCCGCCCGAUCCGUAUCCCCCGGAGGAAGCAGACUCAACAGCAACACGCUCAACUUGAUGUCAGACCCGCGAAAGUAUGUCACAGAAUCUGGAAAAUCAAUCGACCUCAACAACGCCUACAGAAGAUUGUCCGAUGCGGCUCUUUUGCGUUCCGGUGGCAGCCUGGCUAAUUUACCAAGGAGGAAGGGCUCGGAUCCGACAAAGGGAGAGACCUCUGCGCCAGGUGGUGGCGUCCGCCUAGAGAAGGACUACUACGCCGACGACGACGACGACGAGGAAGCCCUCGAGAGCAGCGACGAAGAAUUCGAGUCGGACGCUAGCUCUGGGGACGAGGAGGGCUCGCGCGGCCGAAGGCGCCGACGCGGCUCCCAAGCAGACAGCGACAUCGGUGAGAAACUGCCAAAGAGCUUACUUGCGGCUACAGAAGACGAUCGUAAGCGUUUGUCUGCAGAUUACAAGGUCCGCUCGCUGCUUGAGCCAACCGUGACAGUCACCGGCCCCAACGGCGAGAAAAUGGCGCAGAACAAGAAAAAGGGUGUGCAUCCCACCACCAGUUUCGAUCAAGGCGGCGCUUCUGGUGUUUCCACUCCGGUGACUUCCGACACAGAAGCCGAUAUUUCUGAGAUCAAGCGCGCCCAACGCAUGGCGCUCACCAUGUCCCCCAUAACCUCCACCCCAGAAGCUCAUCGCUGCAUCCGCCAGAUCAUCCGCGGCAACUACGCCGAGAUGCAACGCGAAGCGGAGCACGGCUUGCGCCGUCAGCGCAUGUACCUCGUCGCCACCGAUCUUUCCGAAGAAGCGGCCUAUGCGCUCGAAUGGACCAUUGGUACCGUCCUCCGCGACGGCGACACGCUCCUUGCCGUCUACGCCGUGGACGAAGAGGUAGGAACCGGCGGUGAGAUGAGUGGAGGCGGGAACGGUGGUGUUGGCAUCGGUGAAGGUGCCAAGAUGAUGCGCGACACUGCCAAGCUGGUCAGGACUCUCUCCAAUGACCAACGCAUGAUCGUCGACGACGGAAGGUCCAAGUCCAAGUCCCGGCAGCGCAGCAUAGGCCCGUCGCCUCUGCAGAAGAGCAUGCAAUCGGGGGACAUUUUGGAACUGACGCAGUCGGCGGAGAAGCCGGACUUUUCGAGCAUGCAGAAGGCGGAGAGACAGCGGUGGCAUGCGGCAGAGGAGGUGAGCGAGCGCAUCGUGAGCCUGCUGCGCAAGACGAAGUUGCAGGUUAGGGCCGUGAUUGAGGUGUUUCACUGCAAGAGUCCGAAGCACAUGAUUACGGAAGUGACUGAUUUCCUGGACCCCACACUCGUCAUUCUCGGAUCAAGGGGCAGAAGCGCAUUGAAGGGUGUCCUCCUCGGCUCCUUCAGCAACUACCUCGUCACCAAAUCAUCAGUCCCAGUCAUGGUGGCGCGCAAGCGGCUGCGCAAGCACAGCAAAUACAAGCGCACCAACAUGCGCUUCAGCAACGUGCUAAACAAUCCGGCUGGUAAACUCGCAGCCGCCAAGAUCGACUAA